GCCGUAUAGGAUAGUGCCAAAUGGGCCAAAUCCUGGCGGUGGUGCCAAACGUGGUGGUGGUGCUAUCAGGCGGCAGAUCACGUCCGCAUCGGCCCGUGAUGCUCGUACCUGUUCUGCUUGUUUACACUCGGGGUUGCCACUUUUAGACAAGAUAUGUCCCUUUCAUCAUCUACCAACCGAUUGCUCUGAUGCCAUGGAAAAAAAUCAAGAUUUAGAAUUUGAGAGAAACCAAGAAAGGUUCCUUUUCUUAAAGUGGGGUGCCAAAGCUUUCAAGAAUAUGUUAAUAGUACCACCAGGGUCAGGCAUUGUACAUCAAGUAAACUUAGAAUACCUAGGACGUUUAGUGUUCAACCAAGACGGUAUUCUAUAUCCUGAUAGUUUAGUUGGAACUGACUCUCAUACAACUAUGAUUAAUGGUAUGGGAAUUGUCGGCUGGGCUCAUCUGCGUCAAAUUGGUGUUGUUGGAAAAUUUGUAGAAUUUUUUGGUCCAGGGGUAGCUGUGCUGUCAUUAGCAGACAGAGCCACCAUUGCUAAUAUGUGUCCUGAGUAUGGUGCUACUGUGGGUUAUUUCCCUGCUGACGUCACUACUAUCAAGUAUCUAAAACAAACAGGUCGUGAUGAUAACAUGAUUGAAUUUAUUGAAGCAUACUUAAAAGCUAAUGCAUUGUUCAGAGAUUUCACCAAUGCUGAACAAGAUCCUGUCUUCUCAGAGAUUGUAGAAUUGGAUCUUGGUACUGUAGUUACGUGUAUCAGUGGUCCAAAACGUCCACAUGAUAAAGUACCUGUGUCUGACAUGAAGAAAGACUUCAAGCAAUGCCUGGACAACAAAGUUGGAUUCAAGGGAUUUAAUAUCCCAGCUGAUAAACAGGAUAAAGUGGUACCAUUUGUAUUUGAUGAAAGUGAAUGCACUUUAGCGCAUGGUUCGGUGGUGAUAGCUGCUAUCACUAGUUGUACAAAUACGAGUAACCCGUCUGUGAUGCUAGGAGCUGGGAUACUGGCAAAGAAAGCAGUGGAAGCUGGUUUAUCAGUUCCAUCCUAUGUAAAAACAAGUCUGUCCCCAGGUAGUGGUGUUGUCACUUAUUAUUUACAAGAAAGUGGUGUUUCAUCAUACUUAACAAAACUAGGUUUUGAUAUUGUUGGUUAUGGUUGUAUGACCUGUAUUGGUAAUAGUGGACCCCUACCAGAAGUUGUUGCAGACGCAAUAGAAAAAGGUGAUUUGGUGACCUGUGGUGUGCUAAGCGGUAAUCGUAAUUUUGAGGGGCGUAUUCAUCCUCUGACGAGGGCCAAUUACUUGGCAUCUCCUCUGUUAGUUAUUGCAUAUGCUAUCGCUGGUACUGUCUCUAUUGAUUUUGAAGUGGAACCUAUAGGAGUGAACAGUGAUGGUAAAGACGUAUUUUUACGUGAUAUCUGGCCUACAAGAUCUGAAAUUCACGAAGUAGAGAGACAGUUUGUUAUUCCUUCUAUGUUCAAAGAAGUAUAUUCUAAAAUUGAGGUGAGAACACCUCGAUGGAACACUCUAAAUGCCCCAGAUAGCCAGCUCUACCCGUGGGAUGCCAAAUCAACUUACAUCAAAUCACCACCAUUCUUUGAAACAAUGACGAAAGAAGUAUCUCCUGUGAGUGGUGUAUCUAAUGCACGUGUCUUGCUGUAUUUGGGAGAUUCUGUCACUACCGACCAUAUAUCACCUGCAGGCAGUAUAUCCCGUACUAGUCCAGCUGCUAGGUACCUUGCUGAAAGAGGGUUGACUGCCCGUGAGUUCAAUUCCUAUGGUAGUCGUCGUGGUAAUGAUGCUGUCAUGGCUAGAGGAACAUUUGCUAAUAUAAGAUUACUCAAUAAGUUCAUUGGUAAAGCAGCUCCAAAAACUUUGCAUAUACCAUCUGGUGAGCAGGGUAUUAAGGCUGUGAUUGCCGAGUCAUAUGAACGUAUUCAUCGUAGUAAUUUGGUUGGUAUGGGCAUUAUACCAUUACAGUUUGUUGAAGGACAAACUGCAGAUAGUCUUGGUUUAACUGGUAAAGAACUGUAUAGUAUUGACAUAUCUGAUGGUAUCAAAACUAAACAACUUGUGGAUGUCAAGGUUUGUCUUAUUGUAAUACGUACUAGCUUAAUUUUACUUAAUGGCUAUUGGGACCUCCAAGCUUAA